CUCACCCUGGUUUACUAGUCCAUUCAUUGUUGUUGUACAAUCAUCUUCUUUAGCUCUAUAUUGAUAAUUAGCUUUUAGGAGACAAUGUAUCCGUUAAUGUUCACACUUACAGCCUUCUUACUAUGCAUUCCAGCUACAUUUGGAAAAACGGUGUCGGGAGUUUUCAAGAGCGAUGCAGCCAGGGAGCAGAAUGGACAGUACAUCACUAAAUUCAUGUACAGCGGUAGGUGCAAUUUAGCAGUUUGAAGCUAGCGACACAUUCCGGUGGAGGCUUGUGUGGAUGGAUACACAUGCACCAAGAUGACGUGAUGCAUUUUAUUAUUGGGAUGUUUUAUAUAGACUGUAGUUGCAAUGCUAAUGUACAUAAGGAAGUAACAGAUCAUGUGUUCUCAGUCUGGAAAGUGCUAAUCUCUUGCAUGGUGUUAUGCAUCAUUGUCUCAGAAAGUAUUUUCUGUGUCCAUUGCAAUCUUAAACGGGAAAUCGUGGGAAGAUGUUUGUUGAGUUGGGUUCAAAGAUCAAAUCACAUAGGUCUAUGCAGUCCAGACCCAUGAGCAUCGGCAAUGUCAUUCUGUUCCCCGGUAGAACAUGUUGCCAAGUGUGAUAGCCAGGCAGUACAUUAGAAUCAAUAGAGCUCCUUCGCUUAUCACAGAUGGUCAGCAUAUUCUGUAGGUUAGAAUGAAACCCAAUUCUCUGAAAGGUGGAUUUAGUGCCCUGUCAGACCUCUUCCCUCAUUCCCUCUUUCUCUCUCUCCUCCCCUCUACUUCCACGACCUCUUCUUCUCACACCCUCUCGUCUCUCCCUCCCUCCCUCUGUCUCUCUCUUUUCCAGAGGGUAGUGGUCUGGUGGUGUGCAGGCUGGAGAACGCUCCCCUGGCCACGGAGAAGGAGUCCAGACUGCUGCUCUUCCCAGAGAUGGAGGAAGGCUUCGACAUCGACAACCUCAGCUGCCACGACCGCCUCUCCAAGGCACAUCUCUCCAGUGAGUCUGUCUCUGUGACUGUCACCUACAGCUGAGAUUGAUUUACUCAAGGAGUCACAUGUAUUGUUUGUUGUUUGCAUUCAUGUCAUGUAAGUCCCGCUGGCUCGUAGUAAACAUGCAUUCAUAAACAAGAGUCAUUUGGGGAAGUGGCAUAAAUGCCAUCAGCCAUGCAUUUACAGGACAUAUUCUGAAUGUACUUGCAGUAUGUUGCGUCUGCAUGUGUAACCGACUGGUUAUCAAACCUUGGUCGUCUGCAUGACUUAAGGCCACAUUAGCCCUCUGAGCGAAAGCCUAGAGCUUGUCUCCCUCCUAACAUUGUUUCCCUCUCUGUGGUCAGUCCGUCUGAAUGAGGAGGAGCACAACCAGAGCAUCCCCCACCUUCACUCCCCCACGGCCUGGAUGGCCCUGUAUGCAGACCGUUACACCUGCGGGGAGGGGGGCAUCAUCCCUGCCCAAGGGGACCUGACCUUCACCAUCCUGCUGUUCAACCCUGACUCAGCAGGCAACCCCCUGGAACACUUCAGCGCUGAGGAGGCAGGUCAGUACCGUACUGUACGGCAAGGUAAUGGGUUCAAUUCCUGCAGGGAUCACAUGCACAUACUUUAAUAUAUGCAUUUGGUGCACUAUAAUGGAUGAACGUGUCUGCUAAGUGUCUGCUAGUCAUAACACACAAUAUUAUACUUCUGAAUUGAAGGUAUGACUAAGUGUCCAGACAGGACUGCACUGAAUGCUUGACUGAUUGUGUCCUCCACACCCCUACCCCCCCCUCGCCCACCCCUACCCCACCCUGCCCCACCCUCCUCCCUACCCCACCCUCCUCCCACCCUACCCCUGACCCACCCUCCUCCCUACCCCCUACCCCCUGACCCACCCUCCUCCCUACCCCUGACCCACCCUCCUUCCUACCCCCCCCCUGACCCACCUUCCUACCAGGCCUGCAUAGUUUCUACUGCCUGCUGAUCCUGGCCUACUUUGUGGCGUCCUGUAUCUACAUACAGCCCCUGUGGAUGGCCCUGAGGAAGGGUGGGCCCAUGCACACGGUGCUGAAGGUGCUCUCCACAGCCCUGGCCCUACAAGGGGUCUCUGCCCUCUUCAACUACAUCCACCUGGCCAGGUGAGUGAGACUUUGUCCCAGUCAUUGUCACAGUCACCUUUCAGCAGCCCUGCUCAGGUUUACAUCAGUUACUGUAUUACAGGAUUAUCCUGUAUUUCAGGAGAUUUGGGUGAGUGAAUAUCAGUCUUGUUGUGUAAAAACACACACCUGUCUUUGUCUUCCCACAGGUAUGCCAGGGACGGAGUGGGCAUUCCUAUCAUGGGCAGCUUGGCAGAGUGUGAGUGUUGUAUUCUCACUCUCUCAAUCUCUCUUGCUUCUUUCUUUGCAUUGUCUUUCGUUCUUCCGUUGUGACUGUGUUGCCUGUUGUUGUUCUCCCAUGCUGCAGUCUGUGACAUGGUGUCCCAGGUGUCCAUGCUGUACAUGCUGCUGAGUCUGUGUGUGGGCUGGACCCUGAGCAAGAACAGGAAGCCCCAGAGCAGACCUCUGCAGUGGGACUCCUCCCCCGCCUCCAAAGCCCUCGCUAUGGGAGGGGUCGCCACACAGGUCAGAGCCUCAUCAGCCUAUCCAUGACCUCUAACCCCUUACCCCGAAAUACUAAGCCCUGACUGUCACACUAACUUCCAUUUCACUGGAUACAGUAGCUCCUACUACUCUCACACUAACCUCUACCUUGCUCACACCAUCCCCUAUCCUGACCAAUACAGUAAGCCCCUAUCCUGACCAAUACUGUAACCCCCCUAUCCUGACCAAUACUGUAACCCCCCUAUCCUGACCAAUACUGUAAGCCCCCUAUCCUGACCAAUACUGUAACCCCCCUAUCUUGACCAAUACGGUAACCCCCUAUUCUGACCAAUACAAUUUCCCCUUUGGAUCAGUCAAUAAAAACACAUUCAAUACCAAUGACCUAAAUACCUUUCCACUGACUCCCUGUCUGUGUCGCUGCCGGGCUGCUAGGGGGCGCUGCUGCUGUGGGAGCAGUAUGAGGAGACGGAGCACCACAGCUACCACGCCCAGCGCAGCAUAGCGGGUCUGUUACUCAUAGCUCUACGUAUCAUCCUGGCCCUGCUGCUGGCCUCUGUGCUCUACACAAUCAUCAGCACAGAGAGGAGCGCCCUCAAGAGAGACUUCUACCUCAGCUUCGCCAAGGUAGGCGUAGAAAUACAACUCAUGAAUAGCUGGCAACCCUUUCCAUGCGUUUAUAGUGCCAUCUACAGUGCAUUAUAAGAUUUGUUAUUCCAGUCUCACUAGCUUGUUUCUCAGGGUUGUUUUAUCUGGUUCCUGUGCCACCCUGUCCUGGUCCUUCUCUCUGUGGUCUUCAACGAGCAUCAGAGAGAAAAGGUGAGAGAAACACUCCACAUAGAUAUAUGUACAGUGUAUUCAGACCCCUUGACUUUUUCCACAUUUUGUUACGUUACAGCCUUAUUCUAAAAUUAAAGUUUAUAAACUUUUGCACAUUUAUUAAAAAUCUAAAACAGAAAUACCUUAUUUACAUAAGUAUUCAGACCCUUUGCUAUGAGACUCAACAUUGAGCUCAGGUGCUUCCUGUUUCAUCAGAGAGAAACACUCCAUAGAGAUAUUGUACUGACUCAUUCUGAAGGUUUUUGGUGUUGAUGUUUGUGUGUCUAGGUGGUGACAAUCGGUGUGAUUAUAUGCCAGGCUAUCUCGGUGGUGAUCCUCUACCAGCUUUUCCUGUCCCGUAGCUUAUACUGGGAAGUAUCUUCUCUCUCCUCUGUCUCACUACCCCUCACCAUGUCCAGAGGGGGCCGGGGACGCUACUGACCCCGCGCGGAGUGGGAACAUUUUUACUGCGAAGGGAUACACUGUGACACCUGCAGUUAAAGGGACACACUUCCACUCCUCUCAGCGAAGGUGCCCCCAACUGACGGGCGAGGAAAGAGAGGAGGAAGACAAGGGAGGAGAGGAGGAUGGGAUGAAGAGAAGGACGUAG